UGAACUCACAAAGUGGUUAAAUGACAUCAGUCUUAAUACUUGGAUUUUUGUAUCCAGUUUGUUUUUUUUAAGCCCAAGUGCCAAUAGGUGGGAGGUUUGCCCUCUUUUUCAGAAUGUUCUCAUGUUCUAUAAAGAGAGCACUUGUAUCUUUUUUUGUCCGUAAAUGUUGCCCCACGUCAUUUUAUUUUAAAGAUUUUAUUUAUUUAUUCAUGAGAGACACAGAGAGGCAGAGACAUAGGCAGAGGGAGAAGCAGACUCCCCAUGGUGACCUUGAUGUGGGACUCAUGACCAGAGCUGAAAGCAGACGCUCAGCCACUAUGCCACCCAGUUGCUCCACCUGCACAUUAGCUUUCAUAGUUGGUUGGUGUUCUGUCAUAUGACUGGGCCAAAAAUGAUUCAACCACUUGCCUAUUUCUGGACUGUCACAUACUAAUUUUUGUUCUGUUUUUCAGUAAACUUUGUGUAUGCGGCUUUCCUCACUGUUAAAUCUGUCCAUGGGCAUAUUUAUGUGAUGAUAAUGGAGCCAACUAAUUUGCCUGUUGUAACCACAUCCCAUUUGUUGACUCAAAGCAGAGUCCACAAAGUGGUGUCCGCCAGGCUUUAGGUAGGGCUGUAAGUUUCUCGGUGAAUUUGGAAGUUGAGUAAAGAGCCGGGGAGACCUCUGAAGGUGUUUCAUUGUGGACAUGAAAGAGUUAAAUGGUCUGUUUCUGGGAAGGUUUCAUUGCGGGAUGGGUUGAUGCUGAUCAAGCAGGCUGUGCUCCCUGGCCUGGGACACCACGUGGUCUUAGUCACUGAACCAGGACUGAGCAUCUCCAUCACAGAUUUGCAUCAGUAACAAGGUGGGAUUCUCUGGAUUUUUAGGGGAAGUGAGAGAGAAAGGGCCACUGGUUCCCUGUCUCAUUGCAGCAGCUAAAGCCGUGUUUCCUGGACUUGGCUUUGUCAUCUCAGGACUCGGCCCUCCCUCAAGAGAGGAACCAGGAGGAAGACCCAUCAGCCCAUGAAGUUCUAAAAGUCAUGUCCCUUGAGUCAGACUUGUUCAGGGAUGUGGCUAUAGUCUUCUCCCAAGAAGAAUGGGAACAGCUGGUACCCACUCAGAGAGAUUUGUACAGAGACGUGAUGUUGGAGACCUACAGUAACCUAGUCUCACUGGGUCUUGCCAUCUCCAAACCUGAUGUGAUCUCCUUCCUGGAGCAAGGCAAAGAGCCCUGGAUGGUGGAGAAAGCAGCUACAGGAGGCCUGUGCCCAGUAUUGGAGUCCAGGCGUGAUACCAAAGUGUCAUCUCCAGAGCAGCACCUUUAUGAAAUACAAUCACCACAGUGGGAGAUAAUGGAAAGCCUUACAAGUUAUGGUCUUGAGUGCUCCAGGUUCCAAGAUGAUUGGGAAUGCAUAAGCCAGUUUGACAGACAACAGGGAAAAUCAGAUGGACAUUUGAGUCCAAUGAUAAUCAAUCCUGAAGAAAUGUCCACUUUCAACCAACAAGCAUCAUUUCCUUUUUACCAGAAAAUUCAUACUGGAGAAAAACUCUAUGGAUAUAAUGAAUAUAGAAAAGACUUCUGGCAGGAGGACUUCCUUAUUAGUCAUCAAGGAAUUCAUACUAAUGAGAAACCCUAUAAAUGUAAGGAAUGUGGCAAGGCCUUUAAAUAUGGCUCACGACUCAUUCAACAUGAGAAUAUUCAUUCUGGCAAGAAACCCUAUGAAUGUAAUGAAUGUGGAAAGGCCUUCAAUUCUGGUUCAAAUUUCAUACAACAUCAGAGAGUUCAUACUGGUGAAAAACCUUAUGAAUGUAAGGAUUGUGCAAAGGCUUUUAGUCGAAGCUCCCAGUUGAUUGAACAUCAACGAAUUCAUACUGGUGAGAAACCCUAUCAAUGUAAGGAAUGUGGCAAAGCCUUCAAUAGGAUCUCACAUCUUAAAGUACAUUAUAGAAUUCAUACUGGUGAAAAACCCUACGCAUGCAAGGAAUGUGGGAAGACCUUUGGUCAUCGGUCUCAGUUGAUUCAACAUCAGACUAUUCAUACAGGCAAGAAACUCUAUGAAUGUAAGGAAUGUGGGAAGGCCUUUAAUCAGGGCUCAACUCUCAUUAGACAUCAGAGAAUCCAUACCGGUGAGAAACCCUAUGAAUGUAAGGCAUGUGGGAAGGCCUUUAGGGUAAGCUCACAACUUAAGCAACAUCAGAGAAUUCACACUGGAGAGAAACCCUACCAAUGUAGGGUAUGCAGUAGGGCUUUCAAACGGGUCUCACACCUUACUGUACAUUAUAGAAUUCAUACAGGUGAGAAACCAUAUGAAUGUAAGGAAUGUGGGAAGGCCUUUGGUCAUUGCUCACAGCUGAUUCAACAUCAGGUAAUUCAUACUGAGGAAAAGCCCUGUGGCUAUAAGGAACGUGGGAGGACUUUACAUCAUGAUUCAACUACUUUUCAGCAUCAGAGAAUGCAUAAUAGGGAAACACAAAUGAAUAUCAUAAAUGUAGAAAAGCCUUCCAUCAGCACUUAUCCUUUAUUAAUCAUUAGAGAAUUGAUGUUAGCAAGCAAACAUAUGAGUGGAAGUAAUGGGGAGAGCCCAUUAGCUUAGGCUAGUCACAACUUCUUAUGCUUUGGGGAAAGACUUGAAGAAUGUAAUGCAAAUGGAAAUGCCUUCAUUCAAGCUAUCCUUUAUCUUGAGUUCUAAGAUUCAUAAUGAAACAUUUUAUGAAUAUAAAUUGUUGAGACCAUGAUUAUGAAAGAAGCAAGGAAAAGUUGGAAAAAAUUUUGUCUCUAACACAAUAUGGGAUCACAUUUUCUAACCAUGCUGUAAUAAUUUUAGCAACAGCCAAAAGCUUUAAUUUUCUUAGCAAUUAAAAAGGAAAAAAAAAAAAACCCAACCAAAUUACUCUGGGCUCAACUUCUUUUUUUCUUUUUUCUUUUCUUUUUUUUUUUUUUUUUAAGUAGGCACCAUGCCCAAUGUGGGCCUCAAACUCAUGACCCUGAGAGCAAGAGUCAAGUGCUCUACUGACUUAAGCCAGCCAGGCACUCCAUUACUCUUGGGCUAAUAAGGAAAUAAAUCAUGCAAAUUUUCAUGCUUGAUUUAUGAAUGAAGUAAAAAGAAUAACAAUCGAGAGAUUUACAUUCCAGGAGUUGUAGGAUGUGGGCUAAAGUUACUGAGAAGAAUUUUAGCUUUUAAAUGCAUGCAAAGCAUGAAAACCUGAAAGAUUAUUCUGGAGUAUAUUAAAUGUACUAUUCAAGAAGCCAGAAAAGACAAUACCAAACAUCAAGGUGAUGAAAGACAAAUUGGUACAAAAUAAAAAUAAAAAAUAAUGAAAUUAGAAAGUGGUUAUUCAUAUAAUCUCAGUUUUUAUUUCUUUCUGAUCCCAAAAUAAAAUUUAAGAUAGUAUUACUCAAUUUCCAUCUUGUUUUAGGUUAUCUUUCAUAAAUUUUGUCACAAAAAGGAGUUGGUUGCUUACAUAGCCAUGCCCAGUUCCCUUUUCUACUAGCAGUAUCUAUGUCUUGCCUUAGUCUCUGAAGAUACCAUAUGCUAACUUUUCAGCCUCUUCCACAGCUCAGGAUGGCUUAUAUGUACCAGGGUAAGGCCGGUAUAUUCCAGGGAUCUGUAGAGGCUUCUGAGAAAGAUUUCUCUCAUUUAGAAGAAACAUCUAUUAGGAAGAUUUCUUUCCUUUCCUCUGCUUUUAAACAUUCUCCUAUGAGAACAUAAUGCCUGGAGCUGUUGCAGCCAUGUUGGAACCAAAAGGAGAAAACCAAGGACCUCAGAGAAGCUGACCCAGAGCUACAAGGCCAAUUCUGGAGCUCUCUGAAGCCUUGUGUAGGAAAAAAUAAACUUCUAUUGCUGAAAUUACUUUUAGUUGGAUAUUUUGUAAACUUGGAUCCAAAACCAUCCUAAUUAUGUAACACCAAAUUUUAUUUUACAACUAAGAUUGGUAAAUAUGGCCUGAAAAUAUCUACUUUUUUGAAUUCAGCAUUUCUCUUGGUGGUUAAAUACAGGAUUGAUUUUUGUAUCUAUUCUGUAAUGUUGAAAAAUAUAUAUUCUACUUUUCUUGGUUACAAGAUUCUGUUUAAGCUGGUGGAUUAUAAUGAUAAAAUUCUCCAGGUUUAUAUAAUUUGGUACACUGGAUCGGAAUUUCCUAAGAUGAUUUUUUUAAGCCAAAAUCUUGAAUUUUUAGAUUUUUAAUUUAUGUUGCUUGAUUUACAAAGACCUACAACUUAACUCCUAUUGAUGAAUCAUACUUUUUAUCAUUCUGUAGUUAUCCUACUCUGCCAAGUGUAGGAGUUGAGAAACCAAAUCUGGCCUGCUGCUUGUUUUAUAAAUAAAGCUUU